AUGGAAAAUAUUGAAUUGAAACCGGAAGGAUUAUAUAUUUAUGAUGGUGGUUGCAAUCCACCAUGUCAGAAUAAUGGAACAUGUACAAUUUAUAACAACUGUACAUGUACAACUGAUUUCACCGGUGCAGCGUGUGACGUUCAAACUACUGGCUUAUGUCUUGAUAAUGUAACACUCGAUGACAAUCCUAUUUUAUUGAUCACAUUUGGAAAUGGUUCAACUCAAUAUUCUAAACAUACACCUUCAUACUUUGAUUUCACUACAACAUACAGUCAAGUAUUCAGAGCUACAACAAACGAUGGCAAUUUUAGUUUUGUCAAUUCAAUACCUAAUGAUUUUGGUAACGCAUGGCAUGUUGGCGCAACAGAUCAUACAGGGGAUAAAGGUGGAUACAUGUUUUUAGUCAAUGCAGAUUUUACGCCUGAUCAAUUUUACAAUAGUACAGUUAAUAAUCUAUGUAUAGGUACACGUUACGAAUUUUCUGUCUAUUUGACGAAUGUUUGUGCGCAAUCCGGUCUAAUUGAACCCAAUGUUCGAUUUGAAGUUCGAAGUCUAACAGCUGAAAAUCAAUUACUUGCUGAAUUAAGUUCAGGAAACGUGCCACAAUAUACAACUUUGACUUGGGCGAGAUAUGGUCUUUCAUUUAUAGCAUCAAGUAGUGCAGUUGCCCUAUUAAUGAUCUCUGAUACUGCCGGUGGUGCAGGAAAUGAUCUAGCUCUUGAUGACAUUGCAUUACGCGUUUGCGCAGGUCAAGGUACUGGCUUCUGUUAUCCAAAGUAA